AUGGUAGCCUGUGUAUUAACACAUCUUGCAAUCCUUGCAACGAUUUGUUGCGCUGCCGCCGCAACAUCACCCGUUCAUCCCAACAAAGGAUCGGUGCCGUUUCUAGCGAACCAAUUCACCCAUCCACACCCAAACUAUAUCGCCAACCGCUCGGAGGCACACCGCUUCCGAACGCGCGUCGACCACUUCGAUGUCCAGAACAGGGCGACGUUCGAGUUUGACUACCUCUCGAACAGUGAGUACUAUCUACCCGGUAGACCAAUCUUUAUUGUCGUCGGAAGCAACAGCGUCGUCAAUGGGUACUUUAUCGAAAACGGCCUGUUUCACGAUAUUGCCCGCGGCGAGAGGGCCUGGCUGUUCGCCAACGAGCAUCGCUACUACGGCCGCAGUGCCCCGGUGGAAAACUACUCCACGGCUAAUAUGCGCUUCCUGAGCGUGGAACAGGCACUGAUGGAUCUGAUCGAGUGGAUCGGUCAUCUGCGCACAGAAGUGGUACACGACCCGAAGGCCAAAGUGAUUCUGCACGGUAUCGGGUACGGUGGUGCCGUCGCAAUCUGGGCCCGGCAGCGGUUCCCCAGUUUCAUCGACGGUGCCUGGGGUUCAACGCCGUCGGUGAUCGCACGGGUCAACUUCCCCGAGUACGGUGAAGACUUGGGCAACACGAUUCGCCGGUUGGCAGAUGAUGAGUGUUUCGGGACCAUCUGGCGGGGAUUCCGUACCGCCGAGAACCUGAUCGAUGCCGGGCUGUACGGGCGCGUGUCGGAGAUGUUCCGCACCUGUGAACCGCUCGCGGCGGACGACCCGCUGACGGUGGAAACGUUUUUCUACGGGCUCAAGACCUCGAUCGAGCAGGAAAUGUUCGGUGAAGCGAAUCCGCAAUCGGUGGUGCGCAUGUGCCAGGAGCUGGCGUCCGAUUCGGCCGACACGGACCUGGAGGUUCUGGCCAACUUCUUCGCGCGUCGCUACGCCCCGUUCGACUGCGUUGCGCUCGAUUUCGAGAGCAACAUCGCCAGCGCCUUGUACGAAGAUGUUGGUGUGCCGGUGAACGCCGAGCUGGGCGUCCGGCAGCGUUUGUACCAGCUGUGCACGGAGUUUGGCUGGUUCCUGACAUCGUCGACAUCGGGUGACAGUCCGUUUGGGACGCGCAUCACCUACCGGUAUUUCAUCGACACCUGCCGGGCCGUGUUCGGAGAUUGGAUCGAUCAGGAGAUCGUUUACGAUGGCGUUCGGUUGACGAACUUGCAUUUCGGAGCGGACGACCCACGUGUGACCAACGCGCUGUAUGUCAAUGCUGAGUUUGACCCAAGCCGGUUUGUGUCGAUUACGAGCUACACAAACACAAACGCGAACGCUUUCGUCAUCGACGGAGCACUCAUAGCAAUGGACUGGCUGUCACCGAGCGACGGCGAUUCGGAUGAUUUGAGGCUCAUUAAGGAAGAAAUUAAAGAGUACAGCAACAUCGCCAGCGCCUUGUACGAAGAUAUCGGUGUGCAGGUGAACGCCGAGCUGGGCAUCCGGCAGCGUUUGUACCAGCUGUGUACUGAGUUUGGCUGGUUCUUGACAUCGUCGACAUCGGGUGACAGUCCGUUUGGGACGCGCAUCACCUACCGUUAUUUCAUCGACACCUGCCGGGCCGUGUUCGGAGAUUGGAUCGAUCAGGAGGUCGUUUACGAUGGCGUUCGGUUGACGAACCUGCAUUUCAGAGGGGACGACCCACGUGUGACCAACGCGCUGUAUGUCAAUGCCGAGUUCGACCCAAGCCGGUUGGUGUCGAUUACGAGCUACACAAACACAAACGCGAACGCGUUCGUCAUCCACGGAGCGAUGAUAGCGAUGGACUGGCUGUCCCCGAACGACGGCGAUUCGGAUGAUUUGAGGCGCAUUAAGGACGAAAUUAAAGAGUACUUUCUGGUGUGCACACCGUGA